UUAAUGUGUACAUUAUUAAAUGUGUAAUAGUAAUAAAAAAAAAAGACAAAGCAGAUAAAACUUUGAUAAAUUUGAAGUGAAAAAUAUUAUAUGCUUUUAAAUACUUAAUCAAAAAUGUCAAAACAUUGUGACGUAUGCUCAAUAUAUUUUCAAGAUGAAUAUGCCUUGCAAGGUCAUCUUGCAGGUAAGAAACAUUUAAAAGGAGUGGAACGAUUGCAAGUUAUGGAAAGGUCAAUUGUUGUUUUGCCAUUACCGAAAUUUAUUCCUGCUCGUAAACUUAUUCAUUUUUUUCAACAAUAUGGUGUAAUUAAAGGACAUCAAUUUGGUCCAAGUUAUCUCAUAGUUGAGUUUUGUGACAGAAGUUCUGCUGAAGCUUUAUUAAAUAAAUCAGUUUGGAUAGAUAAUGUAAAGCUGAAUAUAGAAAAAAGAAAAGCACAUAAUAAUUUAAAAAGGCCAAAAUCAGAGAAACAAAAUAGUCUUGUGGAAAAUACAGAUUCUAUAAGUUAUGAUAACAUAAAAUAUAUAUUUGAAGAAAAAUCUACAUUUGACGAUCAGUUAAUGUUAUUUUUAAAUGCAGUACAACUUACUGAUAUUGAAAUAGAAACAAGAUACAAAUCUGUUUGUAUACAAAUGGAUAAAAUAUUUAAAGUGAUAUUUCCAAGGUGUAAAACAUAUAGGUUUGGUUCAACUCAAACUGGAUUAGGUUUUAAGGAAUGUGAUUUAGAUAUAUAUAUGGAUAUUGGUGAACCAAUAAAUGAAAGUAAAAGUACAUCAACAGAUGCAUGGACUAUGCAUAAGAUUUUUAAAGAAGUAAAAAAAGUUAUGUAUCGAAUGAACUGUGUUUUUUCUAACAUAAUAUUAAUUCCAAAAGCUAAGACACCUAUUAUAAAAUUUUAUUAUGUUAGAACAAAUGUUUCUUGUGAUAUUUCAUUCAAGAAUAGUUUGGGUGUAUAUAAAAGCUAUUUGAUAAAACAUUGCAUAUCUCUUGAUAACAGGUUAAAACCACUAAUGUUGCUUAUUAAAUAUUGGGCACGACAUUUUAAAAUAUCAAGUGGACAGAAAAUAUCCAAUUAUGCUUUAGUGUUGUUAAUUAUUUUUUACUUACAACAGCCAUCUGUUAAUAUUAUUCCUCCUUUAAUGGUACUGAAAAGUACAUGUCGACCACAAAUUAUAAAUGGAUGGCAAGUUAAUUUUGACAAAAAUGCAGUAUUACCACCAAUUACAAAUAAAAAUAAUAUUCCACAACUUCUUCAUGGCUUUUUCUUUUUUUAUGCGACUUUUGAAUUUAAAUCGCAAGUAAUAUGUCCGAUAGAUGGAAUGGUACACACAGAAUCAGAGUUUAAAAAUAUAAAAAAUUUACCAUCAUGUAUGAAUAGAUAUAAAGCAUGUGUAAAAGAAGAUGAAUCUCUUAAAUUCAACAUUAAUAAACCAAUGUGUGUACAAGACCCUAUAGAACUAUGUCAUAAUGUUACAGCAGGCACACAAUUUUCCACAUUGGAUUCUGUUAUAAGAUAUUGUGCAAUUGGUGCAGAAAUUUGUGCAAUAUCUAGUAAAAAUGAUUAUAAAGAUCUAAUGAAAACUUUGCUCACCACAGAUCUUAAAAAGAAAGGUAGAUUUAAUAUUACAAUUUCUGCAAAUCAAUCUCAAUAUGGAUCAAAUAGUAUGGAAACAUGUGUAAACACUACAGAAAAAACGAAAUUUUCAAAUGGUGACUGGUAUUCUACUGUUUUUAACAUAGUAAAAGAUAUUUUUGAAAAAGUUUUCAUAGUACAAGUUGAAGUACUUCCAGCUGAAACAGAAGCAAAGCAGCAAAAAAUUGAGAUGUUAUCAGAUGUGCAUAUAGAAAAACAGCAAACAGUUACACUUCAUUGUACUGGGACCCAUUGCAUAUGGCGUAAUAGACGAAUUGACAAUAAUGUUUUAGAUCCCAGUUUGAGUUGUUUGCAAAAGGAAGCUCUUAUGUCAGAACAAGCAAUAAAAAAUUGUGGUAAAGAAAAAAUAAUAAAUAGAACAAAUUUAGAUUAUAUUUGUACACUUAAAAAGAAAGAUCCCUUAAAAGUAAUUUUAACUGUAAGUAAUACACAUUGUGAUGAUCAUGUUUUUCAAGAAUUUGCUUGUUUUGCUAGAGGUAAGAUAGUUGAAAUAAUAAAACGAACAUUGAUACAUAUGCAACAAUUUAACAAAUCGUAAUAUUAUAUCCAUAUAUAUAUAUAUAUAUAUAUAUAUUAUAUAUAUAUAUAA